AUGGGGAUAUUCUCAACUUCAUCGCCCUUUGACGCUGAUGUCGAUAAAGCAACCAAUGAAAAUAAUACAACAGAAGACUGGGGUCAAAUAAUGGAAAUUUGUGAUGCUGUUGGGAAUUCAUCGCAAAAAGCUAAGGAUUGUUUGAGAUCAAUUGUUAGAAGAUUAAAUGCACCAGAUCCGCAUAUUGUAAUACAAGCUAUUACUCUUCUAGAUGCGUGUUCCAGUAAUUGUGGCAAAACUUUCCAUUUGGAAAUAGCAUCAAGAGAUUUUGAGAGUGAAAUAAGAAAAUUAUUGUUGCGGUCACAGCCAAAGAUUGUUGAAAAAUUGAAAGUUUUAUUAAAAAAAUGGGCCGAAGGUGAUUUCAAGACCGACCCGCAACUUAAUCUCAUUCCGACUUUAUAUAAUAAAUUAAAAAGUGAAGGUCAUGAUUUUUCUUCGUUAUCUGAAAUGCCAAAACACUCGAGUGCUUCAGCAUCUUCAGCUGCUUCAAAAGAAGAUCAAGAUCUAGCCAAAGCUAUCGAGCUGUCUUUAAAAGAAAACAAACAACAUUCUUCCGCGUCUCAUAGCUCACCAGCAUCUAGUAAAUUGGCAAGUCUUUACCCUAGCGUUAAUUUAGCUUCAAAUUCGAGCCCUCCUGAGCGUCGAAAAGUACGUGCUCUAUAUGACUUUGAAGCUGCCGAGGACAAUGAACUCAGUUUCAUUGCCGGAGAUAUAAUACACAUACUAGAUGAUUCGGAUGCGAAUUGGUGGAAAGGAGCAAAAGGAAAAAUGGAAGGUCUUUUUCCAUCAAAUUUUGUUACUGCUGAUUUAUCAGUUGAACCUGAUCACAUCACAAAAUUAGAACAAGGAACAAAAAAAGCUGUGCAAUUUGCUGAAGAAGUUGAAGUUAAAAUGCUGAAACGAGAACCUGAAAUAGUAGAGGUUGAUAUUGAUGAGACUAAAAUUGAUAGACUUUUACAUCUUUUACAUGAAGCUGACCCUCAAAGCGACACAACUGAUCCACCGGAGAUGUUGGAUCUUGAAGAGCAAGUAACUGCAAUGGGUCCUCUAAUAGAUGCAGCUCUAGAAAAAGUUGACAGACGACAUGCUCAGUUGACUCAAUUAAGUUCUGACUUGGUUGAUGCUCUCAAUCUUUAUCAUACUCUAAUGAGAGAGCCGACUAUCACAACCCCAUACAAUACACUUUCAAAAAUGCCACCUCAUAUGAAUGUUUAUCCUUAUCCAAAUCAACCGCCUCAAAUGUAUAAUGGAAUGAUGCAACAGCAAUCGAAUUAUAAUCCCGUCCCUGGAUUGCCCCCGGGAGCUUAUCACCCUAAUAUGUCAGGCAUGCCCCCUGAGUACAUGAAUCACAAUAUGGCUGGGAUGCCGUUACCGCAACAGUAUCACAUGCCACCCGCUCCACAUCAGCAUCCACCGCCAAGUGGACAUCAUCCUGGUCCCCCUGGUCCACCAGUUGGUGUUCCGCCGCAUUCAGUAGUCACUCAGAAUCAUCAUCCAGGUCACUCAGCAGUUGCUGCACGUCCAAUUCAGCCUCCAGGUCCGCAAUUAGUUCAUCAACAAGCUCCGCCGACUCAAACGCUUCCUGUGGGUCAUCAAGGACAUCCUCAAACUCAUACUCAAGGAUCUACUUCAGGAACAGAACGAACGAGUCUAUCGUAUCAAUCUCAGGGAUAUGCACCACAAGUUACGCAGAUACCAGUACAAUAUGUUCCGCCAGAGAUACAAGGAGUCCACCCAUCAAAUCAACAGCCACAAUAUGCUCCACCGAGUGGACAGCGCAUGAUGUAAAUUCUUUUUUUCUGCAUCUGA